AUGCAGCGUCAUAAUGUCCUGAUCGAGAGAAGCCAGCUGAAGGACGUGGCUUUUGAACAGGACGCUUCACGAUCCAACGAGGUAGACGUUUCACGAUCCAACGAGUCUUCUCCAGCCGGUGUUCCAGCUGUGGUCCAAGGGGGCUUCUUUGAACCGUGGAAGGAUUACCUGAACCUCUCCAAAGUGGUGAUGGAGAUCGUUGAGGAGCAGAAGAAGCCACAGAGGUGGUCUCCUCCUCGGGAAGACCCCUUGGACACCCACAGUCCCAAGACCGAUGCCGCCCGCGGAGGAGAGCCCCCGCCCGCUCCACCAACCCAACAAGGCAUCUGCAGCUUUUGCAAGCACAACGGAGAAUCCAAGAAGGUCUUUUCUUCCCAUGCCUUGAAGAGAGCCGAUGGGGUGGUGGUUUGCCCCAUUCUGCGCAAUUACACCUGCCCGCUUUGUGGGGCCACCGCCGACAAGGCCCACACGCUGAAAUACUGCCCCCAUAAUAAGGGGCAGCAAUCCUUGUACCGCCGAAGUGGGCGCAACUCGGCCGGACGCAUGAUCAGGAGAUAA